AGGUAUGACACGUAUAAUUUCUUGUCUAUUGUGGCAGUUUUGUUGGAAUCCGUGAGGAUUUGGUUUUGUUCAUUUUGUCGCUUUGAUAUCACUCUAUCUUCACUGUAUCUCUAAAUAACCAUCAGCUUGAUUUCUCUGCUGUAGUUGGACAUGUUUCUUUGUUAUUAAUCUUACAAUUCAUAUGCUUUUAUUCUGUCAUUUUACGUUGGUUGGUUUCUUUUCAGAUUAUGGGUAUGAUUAGUUGAGCGGCCUUCAUUGAUGCCUUCUUCCUACUUAGAAUUAGAUGUAAACCAGUUUUGGACAGAGAACAUUUUGCAGAAUUAAAUAUCAAUCUUUUUUAUUUGUUUUAUAUAUACUGUAAUAUUCCUAUUGGGCGUUCCUUCCAUUUAUUGGGUUCCAACGAUUGGAUAUUUGUAGUUUUGUACUUUCUCCAGUUGUUUUCUCAUCUUCUUAUCACUUUAUCUUUUUGUUUCUGCUUGUGCUAUCAUAGUUGUUUCCUUCUUUGCUCUCCCUUUGCUGACCUGUUUGUUGUUUGUUUCUCAGAUUUCAUCUAUGGUUCCUGUCUUUCUGUUCACCCCUUUGUCUUGUGUUUCUAUUAUGUAGUUUUUCUUUUCUCCCUGACUUUUCUCCUUUGUUCACCUCUAUUGUUUAAACUUCAAAGCAGUUGGAUUGAAUCUUUUUAACCACAAUUCUUCAUCUUCUUCUGUCUCGGUGUAAUCAGCAGAAUGGAUUUCAUCCGGUUAGCAAGCAAGUCAAAGUGGAAGGAUUAGUUGAGGAGGAGGAGGUAUAUCUUUUGGGCCAUGGAGAAUUCCUUAGGAACGUCUAAUGGAAAUGGGCUAUUGGGCAAUGGCCCUACAACUACAAGACACAGUUCUUAUUAUCCCAGCAAUAAGGUUUCGAUACCUUGGCUUGAUUUAAGAGUAUUCUAUGUUCGUGUUAGCAAAUGUGAGAUUGAUGACUCAACUCCUGAAUACCUUACAGUAAACCACUUUCCAUUACACCCUGAUACGCUUCUUGAAAUAAAUGGUGUUAGAACUUCUGUCAACUCUGAUGAGCCAUCAAUCCUUCUUAGGAGAGAUAGGUUGGAUAAGAAGUCGGAAGAAACUACAUUUGUUAGUACUGAUAGCAUAAGGAUUACUGGGACUGUGGAGUUUAAGGUCUUUGAUAGGGAUGUUCUCAUGUUAUCUGGGGUUCUUGAAAUGUGUAAUACUAAUGGUCUUAUGGGGGAAUCAAGAGGCCAUAGCCAGAGAUGGAACAUGAGUUGUAAAUCAGAUGUAACUGUAGGGACUAGUUUCCCGAAGGCAAAACAAUCUUUGGGUUUAGAUUCAGCUUCCCCUACAUUUGAGGUCUAUGUUGCAGGAUCCUUCUCGGGCACUCCAAUUAUCUUAACUAAGACUUUGCAACUCAGUUUCCGUAAGAAGCAAAUUAGGAAAGGCAUGUUGGAUUCUAUACCAGAAUAUGAAGCAACUGAAAGCCUGGACCAUGCCUCGUCCAGAAUUCCCUUACAGUUGUCUGAAUACUCAAAUCACAAGCCAGAAAAUGAAGACUGCAACCACUUUUACUCUGGAACAGAAUAUUUAGAAGGUGAAGAUGCGGAACUCUCAUGGUUCAAUGCUGGCGUUAGGGUAGGUGUUGGCAUCGGCCUAAGCAUUUGUCUUGGAAUUGGGAUAGGCGUGGGAUUGCUGGUUCAAACAUAUCAAGGCACGACACGCAACUUUAGAAGGCGGCUACCAUAAGUAAAGAUUUUCCUGAUGCUAUUAUGGCAUUAUACUUUAUUUUCUUCCACUUAUAAUCCUGAAGCUGACUCUUGGUGUUUCCAGCAAAUUAUGAUAGUGAAUAAGGUCAUCAUCUAGAUGCAGGUAAUGUAUAACUUUUAGCUGUUACUGGUUAAGCCUUUCAUCUGAAAUAAAAUGGGUGCUUCUUUUAAAUGUAUUGCACAAUUGGAAACUCCGCAGCUUUUCUAUUCCUUGAUGGGGAGCCUCCUAUGAGUUCCCAUAUGUGAUCCAGAUCAUGUGGUUUGUGUAACAUGCGAAAAUGCCAUUUACCUCUCAUUAGUGUCAAGUUCUUCAAUUUUGUUUCUUUUA